GAGGAAGAGGUCUAAAAGCUAAGCGCUUGUGAGCGCGCGGAGAGAGAAGCACUGAUUGAGAAAUAAAUAAGGACGCCAGAGUCGGAUCUUACAGAAUAUUCAUCCUUACAAACCUUUCCGAGCGUUGGACGUACAGCUUGCCUCCUUUCAGAAACUUUUUGCCUUUGCUUUCUUGACUCGGUUUAUUUAUUGGUGCUUUUGUGGCUUUAAGCACAAACUCAUAAGACUGUGCCAGACUAUAUUUACCUAUUAUAUAAACAACCUGCCAAAGUGAACAACUCGGAUUAAACAGAUCAGGCGACACAUUUGGAAACGUUUUCGCGGUCUGACAGACUUCUAGGUAUGUCUGUAGAAGAUAGCUCAACUCUGGACAGGUAACCAGGUGUCACUGUUGCUAUGUCAACACAGAUGCUGCCGUUGUUGCCUGCCCUUUUCACUGUCCUCCUCAUUUCCUGGACGGGGGCCGAGGACGUGGAUUGGCAUUUUGACACUGCUAAGUGUCGCUAUGCUCUGGGGAUGGAGGAUGGCACCAUUCGCGACUCUGACAUCACUGCAUCCAGCGCCUGGUCCGACUCGACCGAGGCCAAACACGGCAGGUUGAGUACUGGAGAAGGGGAUGGAGCAUGGUGUCCAGCUGGUCCAGUGUUUCCCAGCGGCGCAGAGUACUUGCAGGUGGAUCUGCGCAAGCUUCAUUUCCUGUCUCUGGUGGGCACACAGGGUCGCCAUGCAGACGGGCUCGGGCGGGAGUUUGCACGCAGUUACCGGCUGCAAUACUCUCGUGAUGGACGACACUGGAUAACGUGGAAGGACCGCUGGGGACAGGAGGUGGUGUCAGGGAACAAGAACACGUAUGAUGUGGUCCUGAAGGACCUGGGUCCGCCCAUCAUAGCACGCAUGAUCCGCUUCUACCCGCUGGCGGACCGCGUAAUGAGCGUCUGUCUGAGAGUUGAACUCUACGGUUGUGUUUGGAAGGACGGACUAAAGGCAUACACCGCUCCUGUGGGCCAUGUGAUGGACCUGUCAGGCACUCCUGUUUACCUUAAUGACUCCAUCUAUGAUGGCAGUAAAGAGGAAGGGGUGAUGUUCGGAGGAUUGGGCCAGUUGUGUGAUGGUGUUUUAGGUGGGAAUGAUUUCAUGGAGAGUAAAGAGCUGAGAGUGUGGCCAGGAUAUGAUUACGUCGGCUGGAAUCGAGAAAUCUUGGGCCAGCCCACUGUUGACAUUGAGUUUCACUUUGAGAAAACACGGGUCUUUCACACCAUGCAGGUGCACAGCAAUCACAGACACACUCAGCAUGUGCGGGUGUUUAACGAAGUGGUGUGUGAGUUUAAGGCCAGUCUGUUGAGCCCGUGGGCGGAGCCUGCGUUCAGGCUUGAAGUGCCGCUGUCUGACCUGCACGACCCUUCGUCCCGCACCAUCUCACUGCCGCUCGGAGGACGACCGGCGCAAAUUCUGCGCUGCCGUUUUUCUUUCAGUGACCGCUGGCUCCUCAUCAGCGAGAUAAGCUUCUACUCGAUGCCAUUUGAGGAUGGAUCCAUCCUUCCUCCCCUGCCUUCCUCCAGCACUCGUCCUCUCAAUGCUACUUCUCCUCACACCCCCAGCCCCACAAACGGAACCAGCAGCCCCACCGACCUCCUCAUGACCAUUACUUCACUACUGCCCAGCAGCAUACCAACAGAGUUUCCUGCUGUCACUCUGAGGGCAGGCUUACCUGUGGCCAAAUAUGACAGCAGCAACACGGCCAUCCUGAUUGGCUGCCUUGUUGGAAUUAUCCUGCUCCUAUUGGCUGUCAUAGCUGUCAUACUUUGGAGGCAGUACUGGAAGAAACUACUUGGCAAGGCCCAAGGGAGCCUCUCCAACGACGAGCUGCGGGUUCAUCUUUCGGUUCCAUUGGACAACGUGGUGAUCAACAACACUAACACCCACACAUACUCCAGCCGCUACCAGCGCAUACACACCUUCCCCGACGACCGGGGCCGUGAGGGAGAAUACCAGGAGCCCAGCACUGUACUGCGGCCCCGGGAGCAACGUGACAGCACAGCACUGCUGUUAAACAACCCAGCAUAUCAUCUCCUCCUGUCUGACCUGACACACGGCCCCAACAGGCUGACAAACUGCCACAGCCAGCAAGAAAAGCCCCAAAACCUGUCCCAGGCAUGUACUAUUGAUAUGGUUGAUAAAGGCCAACCAAUUCAGGAGGGACCGCCUCCUUACCCUGGAGCUCCACCUCCUGGCCUGUCAGCAGCUCAUUAUGGAGAAGCUUCCGGAGGCGGGGGAAGUGUUCCUCAUUAUGCAGAAGCUGACAUCAUCAGUCUGCAAGGGGUUAGUGGUAACAAUACAUAUGCAGUCCCCGCCCUCUCAGCCACGCCCACUGAUUGUCCACCGCUGCCCGAGUUGCCACGGGAACGACUUGUAUUCAAAGAAAAGCUGGGAGAAGGACAAUUUGGAGAGGUUCAUCUGUGUGAGAUUGAAAACCCUCAGGACCUCGCAAACCUGGAGUUCCCAUUUAAUGUCAGGAAAGGGCGCCCUCUGCUGGUGGCCGUGAAGAUUUUAAGACCAGAUGCCUCUAAAAAUGCCAGGAAUGAUUUUCUGAAGGAGGUGAAGAUUUUAUCUCGCCUGAAGGAUCUGAACAUAAUCCGCCUGCUGGGUGUGUGUGUAAGCAGCGACCCGUUGUGUAUGGUCACAGAGUACAUGGAGAGCGGCGACCUCAAUCAGUACCUCUCCCACAGAGUGCUGCUGGACAAGACCGGCCCUUCACAUAACACUCCAACCAUCAGCUACCCAGCUUUGAUCUCCAUGGCGAGUCAGAUCGCGUCAGGAAUGAAGUUCUUGUCGUCUCUGAACUUUGUGCACCGAGACCUGGCGACGAGGAACUGCCUGGUGGGUGGAGAGAGGGGGGAGGGGGAGGACCGCGGCGGGGAGCGCCAGAUAAAGAUCGCUGAUUUUGGCAUGAGCAGGAACCUCUAUGCUGGCGAUUACUACAGGAUACAGGGACGAGCUGUGCUGCCUAUUCGCUGGAUGGCAUGGGAGUGCAUCCUCAUGGGGAAGUUCACUACGGCGAGUGACGUGUGGGCAUUCGGCGUGACACUAUGGGAGAUGCUGAGUGUGUGUCAGGAGCAGCCGUACAGUCACAUGACCGAUGAACAGGUCAUUGACAACGCAGGGGAGUUUUUCAGAGACCAGGGCAGACAGGUGUACCUGUCUCGCCCGGCUGUGUGCCCACAGGGUCUGUAUGAGCUGAUGCUUAGCUGCUGGAACAGAGACUGUAAACUACGGCCUUCCUUUGCGUACAUUCACUCCUUCCUCACCGAAGACGCCAUGAACAUGGUUUAGAAAGUGACAGAGAGAUGAAAAGCAGUUGAAUAUAAGAAAGUGUGUAUGGACCACAGACUGGUGGUGUGUUUUCAAGCACUCUUAUGUAAAUUAGUGCAUUUUUUUGAUGGGUGCGUUGGGGCAAAUAAAAGCCGCAGGUUCGGUGCCCCACAAAUGACCCGCUUCUCACCCCUUAUCCUGAAAUCCUGAACUCCUCAAGCAACAUUUCAUCCCCAAAUCGUUUUAGCCUCGCCGUUUUCCCUCUAUCAAUCACUAUUCCACAGUAUUUAGUUUCACAGAGACACAAAUCUCCCAGAAUGCACCACAAAUAUGGUUCCUUUUUUUUCCUGAAACAUAAUUCUGCCUCUUAUAUUUUCUGUGUGAACUUUAAAAAUGAAACCUCUCUGUAAAUGUUUCCUGCUGUAAAACUAAAGUUUUUUGUGUUCUGUGAGGUCCAAUAAUGUGACGAUGGUCUGAUGGGAAUAAUGUGGGAUUGAUUUGGGGAUAAAAUGUUGCUUGGCAUCUGAACCUUAAAUCCGGGUUCUCUAACCUUUAUCAAAGCUCUCUCUUCAUUCCCUGAACACUGAAUAGAUCUCGAAACAUAAUCAUCUGAACUGGUGGAGGGUUUCAUAGCAGCACAAAAGCACACAGCUCUACAAACUGUCCGUUUAGGGAAACAUUUGACAGUUAUGCAUAUUAAACACACAAUAGCAGAAAUACAGAAAUAGUUUUUUCUACUUGCAUAAUAAGGGAAAAUAGUGAAUAACAUUUUUAGCAGUAAAUUGAGUCUAACUUUGCUAGCAUUCGUAGUCAUGUAGACAAUCUGAGGAUUGAGAAUCAGCCAGUUUUUCAUGUCUUUUCUGUGGUGGAGGGUAAUUCAUCAUGAAAUUAUUUACGAUAUGUAAAUAAUUACAUUCAUCAAUAGCUGAUAUGUGAAACACAUGAUAUUGUCAAAUUCAGCCGAAAUAGAAAAUGGAUUUUUGUGACUCCACCCCUGUAUGUCUGCACAUAAAUGGUCCCUUAAGGUCUGUUCACAACAUGGACAAAAACUACAAUUAUAAAGUUUUAAUAAUCGUUAUAAUUCUGUAAGAACAAGGAAACACACUCAACAGAGAAACAAUAUGCUGGGAAUUGCUUUCAGAAUGAGUUAUUUUUUUCCAACUGAUGACAUUGAAAGCCAGUCAAAAUCUUACUUUAAGGGGUUAAGCAUUUAAAGUUGCAGCCUGUGCUUGUAACAAACAGGUUUGAGCGCGCCUUUCCUCAGUUCUCUCAACAUUUAUUCACUCCAUCCUUCAUUGACUAAAAAGGCCUGUUCAGACCAAAAACGACCAAUGACCAUAAUAAUAAUUAUAUAGCAUUCACACCAAUAGACGAUAAUGUUUGUUUAUUAUAAGCACUUGCUGCAGUUGUAUUGUCGUCCACAUUAAAUACUCAAUAAAAGCUAUUGGCUAGAAAAACAACAACAACAUAAUUUUAAAGUAAUUCCAAUGAAAUUGUUAUUUAAGGCCCAUUCUCACUAAGGAUGCAAAAAGGAACAAUGUCAUUGGAAUCACUUUAAAAAAAAAAAAAUCCCCAGCUGAUUGACAGCCAAUCAGAAUCCACCUGAUUUUAAAGUGGCAGAAUGUCUGCAUAACAUGCUUAUGAUUAAUUUGAAAAUAUUGGACACCAAUAUAGUUAUUGUUCUUGGAGUGAAUGGGUGUUGUGUGAAUGUGAUUUAUUUGAUGACUCUGAAAAUGAUUGCAUAUGGUUUUUGAAAUGAACUGCCAGUGUGUGCACUGACUUGAGUAAGCUGAAUGCACAUCAAAUUUCUGUGCAUCAGUUUAUUUUGUGUGGAAUUUAAAGAGGCUUUUGGAUGGAAUGUGUGGAAUUGGCUAUCAAUGCACUAUUAACAAAAUCUGAAUAUGAGCCCGGACCUGCAAGAAUUUAGAGAGAGAAAGAGAGGGAAAAAAAACAAGCAGAAUGGCCACAGACGUACAUUUAUACUAAUAAAUUUGACAAAGUCAAGUGUCUAUAUAAUGAGAAAUGAACUGGAUGAACAGAAAAAUAAGCAAAGCAUCUGUCCUGAAUUUACUAUGUAAACCUGUAGGACAUUUGCAGGAAACUCUCUUAAAGCGACGACUGUAGAUUUAACUUGAACCUGGUGUGGUGACGCCACCUCUUCCUCAUUUAAGAGUAAGACUGUGUGUGUAGGGGUGGAGAGCAACAUGUAUACUGUAAAAUACACAGAAAAAUGUGAUUCCCAAAUGGUUAUAUAACCAUGCUGAUUAUGCUUAUUGAAUGACCUUUAACCUUUUUUGGUACACUGAGGCCCUGAACCGUUAUUGUAUUUUUAUAAAUAUAGUUUUGGGCAUGUUCUGUCCUCAGCUAUUCGUGUUUCAUAAAUAAUGAAAAAUGUAAAUACUUCAUGGGACAUAAUUUUCUUCAUUAAUAUUGCUAUCUGUUAUUAAUCGGGUCUGUCUGUCUCUGUUGUAGACUCGCUGCUUGUGUUGUCUAUUUUUGUAGGUGUUUUAAUAAAGUAACCUUUUCAAAUAAA